AUGUUUCUAAAUUGCGGAAUUUUGACUUCGCAAGAAUACAAAGGCAAUGCUUUGGUUGAUACACAAAACAGUCCAGAAUUGAUCACAGUUCAUGCGGCCAAUUUCCUUAGAGGUAUUCUGGUGAUCUAUAUUAAGCAUCUGAUCAUGGGCUCUGGAGUUUGGUUCAAGAAUAUAAUGAGUAUAAAGAAGAGAGGUGACAGAUCGCAAAAAUUGAAGGCAAGGAAAAAUUUCUGUCGACUAAAAGCACCAGUAAGGUUUCAGAGCCUGUUGCAAUGUGAUGCCAUUAAAAAGGAAGCAUCGACAACUUUGGGCCAUCUUCACUCAUGGACCAAGAUUCAGGCCCAGAUUAGAGCUCGCCGAGUGCAUAUGGUAACAGAAGGUCGUCUCAGGCAGAAGAAGCUAGAGAGUCAAUCGAAGCUUGAAUUAAAGCUACAUGACCUAGAGGUGGAGUGGAGUGGUUGCUCCGAAACAAUGGAUGAAGCUCUUGCAAGGAUACAUCAGAGAGAAGAAGCAGCAUUGCGGCGUGAACGAGCCAUGGCAUAUGCAUUUUCUCAUCAAUGGAGAGCCAACUCCAACCCGAACUUUGGGUCAAGUAACCAUGACAUUGGCAAAUCAAAUUGGGGCUGGAGCUGGAUUGAUCGAUGGAUUGCAGCUCGACCUUGGGAAAGCCGAGCUGUCCCAUUGCAGUCAAGUCCAAAGAAAUCACUUGGUUGCCAGUCGAGCAAGAAUAACAGAAACAAGAAUUCACCAACGAUCAUAGCACCAGUUUCAGUCACAUCAAUUUCCCCUAAUGGGAAGACUGCCACAAAAGCUCGAAAAUUGUCCUAUGGAGCAGCUGAGAAGAUGAUAGGUGCUAAAAAAUUGAACAAAUCCAAAGUGGUGAAAACUAGAAGAGAAAAGGAAAUAUCUUCAUAG